GGCUGUCUCUCGGAUUUUUGUGGGUUGAGCGACUCCUGACGCGCAGGCCUGCCCUGGGCACCGCGCCCAGAGCCCGUGACAGAGUGGGGAGCGGCCCUCCGUCUGCCCGCCUGCGAGGGGCUGAGGAGGCCUGGAGCUGGACGCAGCGUUGCAGGGCCGGCGGUUCCCUGUGAGGCUCUCCCCAGAAGCCCUGCUGCCUCCGGGCAGGGGAGGAGCGCGGGGCACCGAGGUCGCAGGUGUGGCUGUGGCCGGGUUUCCUGGUGGUCUGCGUGGGAGCUGGGUUCCAGAGCCUGGUCCCGAGGAGGAGGGCGGCGGAGCGGAGCCGGUGGGCGGAGGCCGGGCAUGUGAGGGGUCUGGAAGUGGGCGUGGGAGCGGGAGCAGAGCGUCGCCCCCCGCAGCCGCGCCGCGCGCCGCUGGGUAGCGGAUCCCGGUUUGACAGCGCUGCUCUGGACUUUGCGGCUCGGCGGGGCGUCGCUGCGCGGAGUGGGAAUGCCAGGUGUCACCCAGCUUGCUCCCGGCUCCCUGAACCCCGGGAGGACCGAAGGGCCGCGGCCGAAAGACAGAGGUUUGGACCUAGUGAAAGGACAUCGCCCCUUAGCCCCAACUAUGGACUCCACAGCAUCAGUUCUCCCUUCUCAGGACCCUGGUCUUCCUCCAGAGAGAUGCCCAGGAGAAAAGGGAAUAGCCAGUUUAUUCCUGAAAGCCAGGCCACAGGACCUGAUGACAUUUGAGGAUGUGGCUGUGGAAUUCACCCGGUGGGAGUGGGGGCAGCUGGACCCUGCUCAGAAGGACCUGUACCGGGAGGUGAUGCUGGAGAAUUUCAAGAACCUGGCCUCCCUCGGCUCUCCUGUGUCCAAACCAUAUGUGAUCUGCCAGUUGGAGGAAGGGGAAGAGCCCUGUAUUUUGGAGAGAGAAAUCUCAACAGGUGUCCACUUAGACUGGGAGAGAAGGCCUCAAGCCAAGGAAUCAAUGCUAAGUCAGGGAUUUUCCAAAGAAGAAUUAUUCCAGAUAGCAUCAGUGGAAAAACACAUUAGAGAUGAAUUCUGGUCCUCCAAACUGAAAGCAACUUGUGGUUGUGAUGACCAGUUAGAGAUGUAUCCGAAAAAACAGGAGAGACAACUGAUAGAAACAUCACUCACUCACAAAGCUACUACCACCCUUAGGAGAGAUCAUGAGUGGAGUGAAUUCGUGACAAAUUUAGGUUUAAGAUUAGUCCCUAUUAACCAACACAGUGUUCCCACAGGAGAAGGAGACUAUAAAUGUGAUACAGAAUUCACACAGACUUCAGGGAGAAAUAACUCUCAGAGAACCCAUCCAGGGAAGAAAUCUUGUAAAUGCAAUGAAUGUGGGAAGUUGUUCCAUUUCCAGUCAGAACUCAGGCGCCAUCAGAGAUGUCACACUGGAGAAAAGCCCUAUGAGUGCAGUGAAUGUGGAAGAGCCUUUGGUCAUAUUUCAUCCCUUAUUAAACAUCAGAGAACUCAUACUGGAGAAAAGCCCUAUGAAUGCAGCGAAUGUGGGAGAGCCUUCAGCCAGAGUUCAUCUCUUGUUCUACAUUAUAGAUUUCAUACUGGAGAGAAACCCUACAAAUGUAAUGAAUGUGGAAGGGCCUUUGGUCAUACUUCAUCCCUUAUUAAACAUCAGAGAACUCACACUGGAGAAAAGCCCUAUGAAUGCAGAGAAUGUGGGAGAACCUUCAGCCAGAGUUCCUCUCUCAUUGUACAUUAUAGAUUUCACACAGGGGAGAAACCCUACAAAUGUAAUAGAUGUGGGAGAGCCUUCAGCCAGAGUUCAUCUCUCACUCAACAUUAUCGAUUUCAUACUGGAGAGAAACCCUACAAAUGUAACGAAUGUGGAAGAGCCUUUGCUCACACUGCAUCCCUUAUUAAACAUCAGAAAAGUCAUGCUGGAAAAAAAACCCUAUGAAUUCAGCCAAUGUGGGAAGGCUUUCAGCUGGAGUACACACACCACUAAAUCUCAGAGGAUAUAUAUUAGAAAGAGAGCCUAUGAGUGUAACGUAUGUGGGAAGACUUUUGGUCGGAGGACCCAUCUUGUUCAAUGUCAAGACA